UGCACCGUAUGCUGGGCGUGGUUUUUACUCUAAAUCUCUAAUAUCUGUGAUAUUAUCAUGUCUUUACACAGAAUGGCAAGACUGUCCUAUUUUCAUGGCAAGAGUAUUGUCAGAUAUUUACCAGCUUACACUCGUGCCAUUAGCACUGAUCCUAGCAGUAUAAUAGCAUCAGUAAGAUCCAAAUUAAAAAAUCAAGACAGUCAAUUGGAGAAAAAACAAAUAAAUCUUUUGUCGUCAGCUCUGUGUGGGAGGAUCCAGAACACAGACGAUUUAACUGGAAAGGACGUUUACAAACUUGCAACGUCAACUUUUGAAGCUCUGAGACAAACAAAUGAAGAUUUAGCUCCUGCCACAGAAUUAUUUAAAAAAGCUCACGAACUUGACAACACUGAUGCUUCCUAUACAUAUGCACAACUUCUAAGAAUUGGACAGGGUUGUACGGCUGACCCUGUGACAGCUGCAAAAAUAUUCACUGAUCUUGCACUAAAGGCUCAUCCGUAUGCUCAAUUUUCAUUAGGCGUAAUGUACUAUAGUGGACUUGGUAUUGAGCAAAGUCAUAGCAAAGCAUUCACUCUCUAUAAAGUCAGUGCUAAGAAUGGUAUACCACAGGCCUAUAGUGCAUUAGGUGAUAUGUAUUUCAAUGGUCAAGGUAUACCUGAAGAUAAGGAAGAGGCCGUGAAAUGUUAUGAAAAUGCUGCCAAACUUGGAGAUCCAGCUGCCCAUUUAUCACUUGCACAAUGUUACAAUAAAGGGAGUGGAGUUGAAGUGUCUUUCCAGAAAUCAUUUGAACACUACAAGGCAGCUGCUGAUGCUGAGUUGGUUUUAGGAAUCUACAAUGUUGCAGUCCAUUAUUUUGCUGGAAAAGGUGUGGAACAUAGCUUUGAAAAAGCGGUUGAGUAUUUUCAAAAGGCAGCUGAUAGAGGCUUUACAGCUGCACAGGUAAAUCUAGGCAACAUGUACUAUCAAGGAUUAGGAGUCGAGAAGAAUGUAGCAAAAGCUAAGGAGCUUUAUUCAUUAGCUGCAGAAGAUGACAAGAAUGCAAAGAAACUGCUCGAAGAACUGGAGCUCGAGGAACAAGGAAAUAAAAUUGAAGCAAAUUAAAUAAAUGAAUAUAGUAGAAAAUUUACAAUUCAAUUACUAAUCAGUGGGUUUGUGCGGUCUAUCUUUCCUCCUCCUUGUG